AUGCCAGACAACACAAGCUCUCUGCUGCACUUCACAACUGCUGUCGAGCAAUCUCCUGAUUAUACACCUACGGAUGAUGAAUUGUUACAAGUCUGUCAUGUAUUUGCAGCGGGAACACCUAUUUCUAAAGAGGAGCUACAUAAGGCAGCACAAUACCUGGCCUACUACUCUAUGAGCGAGCGGGUGAAACAAUCUACAAUCGACCAGUGCAUACAGAUAUUCAAGGAGAUUAUGACAGAUGAACUGCUGGACCACCUUAUACAACAGCUCCAGCCUAUGCUCCUGCGAACUAAUAACAGCAGGACAACCGCCGCAGGAAGAUUUAAGAAGGAGACCGCAACGAAGUUGAAGCCGCAGCUUGGUUUUGGGAUAGAGAAUGAGAACGCAGUUAGUGCUUGGAAGAGAAGUGGCGGUCUUCGCAGCAUACCCCUCUUCUACGUAGUCCUCAGUGUCCUGAAGCAUGAAAGCAUUUCUUCGAACCUUUGGUGGAUCAGCCCCGGCAUUUUGAACUUGCUGGACGAGAGCGACGAUAUUGAAAAGGUAAAGCUUCCUGCAGUUAAGCUUUUGCGCCGAUUCCUUGAAUGCACAAUUGAUGUUUCGGACGCUGUGCACUUCUCCUUCGCAGCGACUGGGCUGUUUGCCGUUUACCAGCCCAUCCUUGUGGGGCUCUGUCACCAAAUCCCACCGAUUAUUGAGGCUCGACAGUCCCAAAUCAUCUGGAACACAGCAUACCCGACAAUUUUGGCUCUCUAUCGCGUACAAUAUGCCAAUGAGGGACCAGAAUAUAAGGCGGAAUUGGGCCAAAUCUUCUCUGAACUUGUACUACAGCUUGCGCUGCCUAAGGUCUCCAUGGAUCAUCUGGAGUUGACAAACACGUUGCUAGACUAUACAAUACAGACAUUAGAGCUAUUGGGAGCAUUUUCGGUGCGUUACUUACAACGUAGCAUCUAUGUUUUGGGCGAAUAUAUUGUAAGAAAUCCGUUCUUGACUCUCUUCCCGCCCCUGGUUGAGAAGACUCUUGAUACACUAGCGAAGCUGGCUGAGGUCUGCCCCCCAGAGCGCGUGUGCGCUCACCGUUAUGACUUCCUCGCGUGUCUCUUAAUUACUUAUGAGAAGUGUAGUACAGAGGAUGUGCUCCCUGACAGCACGUUGGAUCGCAUACAUCGUUUGGCGCAAUUAUUGCGUGCUGCCGGGUGUGACUUUGCGCGAGAUAGGGUUACGCUCUUGGAACGCAACCCCGACUUCGAACGUGUGCUGGAUCGUAUUGAGCAGAGAUAUAAAUAG